CCGACAGCGGCAUCUGCCUCAGCCUCGACGAUGGUCGCUGCAUCACCACUAGGACCGCACUCCGUCGUACAAGGGUCUCCGGCCGAUCAUGUCGACCCGGCAGACCUCAAGGCCAAGCUACAAGCUCGAAUAGAACGGAAUCGUCAAAAAAGACUCGCACAAGUCGUCCCUGAGCAUCCACAGACCAUAGAGCCGCCUGCACUCGCGCCUGUAGAAGCGGGAGACGUCCAGAAGCCAAAGAAGAAGAAGCGGAGGAUCUCGGUCGAGCCGGCAGAGGAUGCGCAACGCGUCAAGGCUUCAGAUGAUGCGCAGAGCAAAGAAAGCGUUGCGCCCAAGAAGGCCAAAACGAAAGCGAAGCAGAAGUACCUCACACGCAAGCUCUCGAGACGCAAAGCUCGAUUGGCGGAGCAGAGAGCCAACGCUCGUUCGGUCGAAUCGCAACAACCUGUCGAUGCAGUCUUGAGCUUACAGCCAUCCUCCAACGAGACAGAGACGGCCGAAACCGAGGUAGAGGCGAAAGCCAGACGCAAGGCAGAGAGAAGAGCCAAACGUGCGGAGGUCCAGGGCAAUAGUCACGAGGCAAUAGCAGGAUCGUCCAAGAAAAGAAAAAAGGCGCCAAAAGAGGACAGUGCACCCGAGCGAGAAACGAAGCAGGAGCGUCAGGCAAGAAAGGCAGCAAGGCAGCUUGCAAAAGCCGAAAAGGCACUUGCCAAGCAGACAAUCGAGCCAUCAUCCGAAUUCCAAGUGGCAGAAGUCAGAGAUGCUCAAGUCGAAGGAGAGGAUGUCGAAUCGACUGGGCUGCAAAGCUUCCCCAGACCUGUUCAGCCUGCCCCGCCUUCUAAAGAGCUGCUUGCCCGAUUAGCGAUCGCAGACGAGCUAUCUCGUCCCUUCAUGGUCAACGCCAAUGACACCGUCUCGCCAGGGUCGCUGCUCGACAGCGCAACGAAUGCGCCUUUGCUCAGCCCGACACUUCUCAUCCGUCUGCAAGAACAAGGGCUGGAGACGCUCUUUGCUGUUCAGAUGGCUACCUGCCAGCACAUCCUCGGCACAGAGCAGACUCGCUCGCUCUACCCUCGCUACCCACCUCGCGAUCUAUGCGUCAAUGCACCUACAGGUUCCGGCAAGACCCUCGCCUACGUCUUACCUAUCGUACAGAUGCUGAGCACUACCAUUGUGACUCGUAUGAGGGCUCUCAUCAUCUUGCCGACACGCGAUCUCGUCACACAGGUCAAAGAUACGUUUGAGAUCUACUGCAAAGGCACCUCGCUUCGAAUCGGCACAGCAACAGGUUCACAGUCUUUCAAAAAAGAGCAGGCGAUACUCGUGGGCGAUUCAGCCCACUACUAUCCGGGCGGAUCUAGCAAGGUUGACAUCCUCAUCGCCACUCCGGGCAGACUGAUUGACCAUCUCACUCAAUCGCCCAAUCUUUCACUCCAACAUCUGCGCUUUCUGGUGAUGGAUGAAGCGGACCGAUUGCUAAACCAAUCUUUUCAGGACUGGCUGCAAGUCGUGCAGGCUCAUCUGCGCUACCCUCCGCCUACCAGUGAAGAUGCUGCCGAAUUACCGCUCGCAGGAGACGCCUCUGCUGCGCCUCAUGUGCUCGCCUUGCAGCAAGCGACUACGUCGAUGAGCGAGACCCCGAUACAGCCUCUCCAGCAGAUCUUGUGCUCGGCUACGCUCAGCAGAGAUCCACGACAGGUCUCCGCGCUCAAUCUGCGCAACCCUGUUUUUGUUGCGGUCAGAGAAGCCAGGGACGACCAGAUGGAUGAGCUGGAGACAGAAGAUAACUUUGCUCUACCCGCGACGCUCAAAGAACACAUGCUUGUCACUUCCUCAGGCUCGAAGCCGCUGAUGCUGUUUUAUCUGCUUCAUGCAAAGUCACUCUCGAACGUGCUCUGUUUCACGAAGUCUGUCGAGUCUGCACAACGCCUAGCGAAGCUCGUAGAGCUCUUCGAGACAGAGUACGCGUCCCGAUCCGAAGGAGCAGACAAUCAAGGCUUCAAAGUCAAAGAAUUCUCUGGCUCGCUGCCGGUACCGCAGCGCAAGAAGAUCCUGGCUGCCUUUGUUGCCGGCGAGAUUGACAUGUUGAUCUGCUCCGACAUUAUCGCAAGGGGCAUAGAUCUGCCUUCGGUCGCGCACGUCAUCAGCUAUGACGUUCCUGUCGACAUGCGCAAGUACGUCCAUCGCGUCGGACGAACGGCUCGGGCAGGCAGGCCCGGCGACGCUUGGAGUCUCGUCGAAUCCCAAGAAGCUAAUUUCUUCAAAGCUCUUCUGACCGAUGCGCAGCAUCUGUCACGCGAUCGCGGUGCCAGGAGCGUCGCUACUCCAACAAGGGUGCAAGCAGGCGCGGGUUGCGAGGCCAGCUUGAAACGUUCGCCCGGCGCCUCAUUCGUCAGGAGGACGCUCAAUUAUCCGCCUCACGAGCUCAGAUCGUGCGUGCGGGGACAGCAUCGUCUUGGCCUCACGCGAAGCCAAACGCUCAAGGCGACCAAACGCCUGCGCCUACCGGGCCUUAGCAGCGCCCCUAUCCCGUCCGACUGGGAUCACGCGCAAAAGCUCAUCAUGACGAGCGCGGCCGGACCAUCGGGUGAGACAGCAUCCUCUGGCGUCCCGAUUGACGAGGAAGCCGCGAAACGUGCGCGGGCGACCGCAAGAGCAGAACGCGCAGAAAAACGCGCGAGCCUGCUACUCGGCACGAUACCGACAAGCCAAAGCAUGUAUCCAAGCCCGGUCACGUCUCCAAACAUGGCCUACCUAGGGUCUCAAAGCAGCGUAGGAUCAUCUCGUGAUCUUGUGUCGUCUGUCUCGACUCAGGGCACGCGACAAACGAGCGGGCCAAGCUCAGAAAGUUCUGCAAAGGCCCGUGCUGCUGCUGCCGCUCGGGACGCCUUCUUCAUUCCGCCGUUCGACCCGAAAGGCAAGCAUUCGCAACAAUCAGGCGGCACGGCAUCGCUUGCGUCCUCCACUGCCUCGCCCUUGCUGCCUAGUCUGUCGACCAUGGGCUACCCAACCGGCUUGACGGGUCUCAUGACGCCCCCAAUGUCACCGCCCAUGUCCGCUUCGACCUCAUCGAUGGCCGAUUCGGGUACAACGAUAUCUGACAGAUUAGCACCCGCGAAAACACAAGCAAGUCAGCCGAAAGCACAAAAGCAUAGACCUGCCACAACGACAGUCGUGCCAAUCGAUUCUGACAGCCAACAUGGCUUUGAAUCGCCGAAUGCGGACCAAUUGCAACCUCUCUCGCAGCAAUCAGCCAGCCAGCGGAGCGCAGCAGUGCAAGCCUCGACUGCGUCAAAGCGAGCGUCCCAUCAAAUCACGAGCACGCUGCCGGACGCAGCCUUGCUGCCAAUGACUCCCAGUUUGGUCGCCGCUCAAGCUUCGUUGAGCAAUGGUCGACCGAGAGUGUUCUUUGGGCCAUAUCAGCUCUUGCAGACGCUGGGCGAAGGCGAGUUUGGCAAAGUCAAGCUUGGCGUGCACGGCGAUCGUUGGGGCGAAGAGGUCGCCAUCAAGUUGAUCAAGCGUGGCAGUGUGCAAGAAUCGCAGGCAAGGAUGCUCAAGGUAGCGCGAGAGAUUGAAGUCCUGAGGAUUGUAAAACAUCCCAACAUUGUCCGACUGUACGAUGUCAUCGAGACAGAGAAGUAUAUUGGCAUUGUACUCGACUACGCUAGUGGUGGCGAGCUUUUCGACCACAUCCUAGCUCACCGAUAUCUCAAAGAUCGUGAUGCGUCCAAGCUCUUUGCGCAGCUCAUCUCUGGCGUCAACUACAUGCACGCGAAGAAGAUCGUGCAUCGAGAUCUGAAGCUCGAAAAUCUGCUGCUCGAUCGAAAUCGCAACAUCAUCAUCACAGAUUUCGGCUUUGCGAAUCGUUUCGAGAACCGCGAUAACGAUCUUAUGGCUACAUCAUGUGGCUCGCCUUGCUAUGCCGCGCCAGAGCUGGUCGUGCAAGAUGGCAAGUAUGUCGGUACAGCUGUCGAUGUCUGGUCUUGUGGAGUCAUACUCUAUGCGAUGCUCGCUGGCUAUCUCCCGUUCGAUGACGACCCAGCAAAUCCGGACGGUGACAACAUCAACCUGCUGUACAAGUACAUCAUCAGCACUCCGCUUUCCUUUCCCGAGUGGAUCACUCCAGAGCCACGAGAUCUGCUGCUGCGAAUGCUCAUCUCCGAUCCAAAGAAGCGAUGUACUCUCGAUGAUGUUAUGCGCCAUCCGUGGCUCAAGCGAUUCGUGCCACUCUUCGAGCGGACGGUCGACGAGCUAGAGCAGAUGGAACUUGAGAACGAGGCAACGAAGAGGGCAAUGCUUCACCGACAGCGACAGAUCCUUCUUGCUCAGCAGCAAGAAGCUGCAGGCAUCAAGCCUAAGUCACGUCAAGCUGCUGCAAGGCAUCAGAGCGCAAUGGUCACGCCGACUGCAAGAUCAGAUGAAGUCAGCUCGUCCGCUCGACCAGAACGACCUUCUCGCUCCACCCGAACGCGAGCGGGGCAGCCUCAGUCUGCACUUACUGUGCCUACAGUCGAGCAUCCCGACGAAUCGGAUUCAGGCUCGGCACUCUCGAUCGCUACAGCAGAGGAAGCAAGCCUGUCUGUGCCCGCCUCGAUACCGCUUUCGUCUUCUCUAUCAGCGCCCAUGCGGACCAGCGAGAUUCUUACGGAGCCAGAAUAUGGUGCUGCGCCUGCAGCUCGUAUAGAGGAGCCAACGGCAGUCCCAAUCGUCUCGACCGAAACGAUUGUUCCAGUAGAGCAGAAGACAGACGCCAAGAAGGCGCAUCGCUACACUGUGCAAGUCGAGUACGAUCCGGCCCGGUACGCUGCACGGACAAGCUCGCGUCCAAAGCCAAAGUCUGACAGUAUUCGCGAGAAAUUCCCAUCCGCCGCUGCUACUGCGCUCGAGCAGGAGCUGAAUAGUCCUCAGGUUGCCACAAGCUCGACACCGGUGGCUGCCUCCGACAGCGAGCUAAAGACGAUGGCUGCACAAGCACGCAGCGACGAUACUUCGGCUGUACCCUCAAGUGGAUUGGGCCAGUCCGCGCCAGCAGCAACAUCGCCUGCCGCCCCUACGAUUGUCAUUGCUCAGCCUGCAACAAUUGUCGAAGAAGAUACUUUACAACCUUUGCCGCCGACCUUGCCGACCAGAGAGGAGCAAGCAGCUGCGAAAGAAGCGAAGCGUCGAUCUAGCCGUCGCAAGGCGAUCAGCAUGGUCGUUGAGCCUAUCGGCAAAGCUUCACGUGCCGCCAAACGCUCCAGCGCAAUUGCGCCGAGAACAAGCUCCAAGGUCCCUUCAUCAAGCAGCCGCUCUUCCAUUUCCAAGCUGGCAGAAGUUCCGCCUGCACCUAAGCCGAUCUUAUCUCAAGCGAGUCCUAGCCAAGGCAGCGUGCCAAGCUUGUCUGCUCGGACUGGCAAAGCAGCGCCAGCUGCGGCCGAGACGAGCACGAUGGCUCCGAGUGAUCCGACUUGGGCAAACGCCGCCUUUUCUGCUGGCAACAAGGCCAAGCGUGUCAUGGACUGGUUCAGAUGGAGAUCGACAUCUCGAGAUACCGCGACAGAGAAUCCGCCACUCGCGCCAGAGAUCGAACGCCUUCGCGCCUCUUUCGAUAACAGAAGCCGUGCUUCGACGCCAUCAGUGCCAGCGUCCACCGGUCAGGGCACCGCUUCUUCGACCAAGACUGCGCCUUCGCCGAUUGUUGCCGCCACAGCGACAACUACUCCGCCGCUAUCGGCCGCAAACAAGCCUGAUCAAGCUGCUGAACGUGAAAAGAAGCCCGAAGCGAAAAACAAAGAAGCUACCGUGGUUGCCGAACCGUUCAAUGAAGCUCGCCUUCGCUUUCAUCAUGGCGCCGUUGAUCAAAAUGCUAUCACUUCGCGCCCUCCUGUGCUUGUCAUGGACGACGUGCGAAAGGUAUUGUGGGACAUGGGUAUCGAGGUCGUAUCGGAAGGCGACUUCAAAGUCAAAUGCGUCCGCAAAAGCCGCAAGAAAGCGAGCGCUGCAGACAAAUCUGGGCUUUACUCAACGAAUGCUGCCAGCAGCGGGUCUAUUGCCGCCAGCCAGACGACGCAAAAGGGAGUUGGUCGACGAGGCUCCGUGUCUGUUCAGGGUAUCACGACAUCGCCUAGCAUCGCAUUCCGUACUCUCUUUGGCAAGUCGAAGGAACCCUCGCCGGCAGACACACCGAGCAUCGCCUCGCCCGCUAUCUCAACCGAAGGCGCGCCAGAAUCAGACAAGGACGGUCUGUCGCAUGCACAGCCAUUGCCGUUCUACGGCGAUGCCGACAGUGGCGACGAAUGUCGGUUCGCGGUCGAGAUCACUCGCAUGAAGAAUCUCUCUGGUCUUUAUAGUGUUGACAUUCGUCGGCUCAAGGGUCAGCUGUGGGGCUACAAAUACAUCUAUCAGCAUAUGUUAGACAAGCUGAAUCUGGGCGUCUAG